AUGCAUUCAUUCGACGGCCGCGAUGAGCGGUGUCACAUGAGAAAGACAGGCCCACAUCUCUACGACUGCAACUACACUCCACAUAAAGCGGGAACCCAUCAAGUGCACAUUCGUUAUGGCGGCGAUCACAUAAUGCUGAGUCCCUUUAUGGUAAGCUUGCGCAUUCAAAAAGAGGGACCCUCUGCCAGUUAUCUAAAGAAUACUCUACCUAGCCGAUUUGGCUAA